AUGCAUUCGCUGACGCGGAUCCCCAGAUUCCACGGCGAGGAAACAUAUGACCCAGCGCACCCAUUGACAGACGCCCCAACUUUCAUCGUGGACCCAAUCGAUGGGACAAUCAACUUUGUUCAUGCCUUUCCAUUUGCCUGCGUGUCUCUUGGAUUCGCCGUGGGCCGAGUUCCGACGGUAGGGGUGGUGUAUAAUCCGUCGACCAAAGCCCUCUACUCCGCCAUUCGAGGCCAAGGGGCGUUCCUAAAUCGGGAAAUUCGUCUUCCAAUCAAAGACACUCACGCCGAGCCCCUGGCCGGUCUGAAAAAUGCCCUCAUCGCCGUGGAAUGGGGCUCAGAUCGUAGUGGUGUCAACUGGGAGACGAAGAUCCGGACAUUUGAGAGACUGGGUGCGUCUCAGGAGCAUGGAGGGGCCAUGGUGCGUGCGAUGCGAAGCUUGGGCUCGGCGGCGUUGAACCUCUGUGCCGUGGCAGACGGCACGUUGGACCUGUACUGGGAAGGUGGAUGCUGGGCCUGGGAUGUCUGUGCUGGAUGGGUCAUCUUGUCCGAAGCCGGGGGCAUUAUGGCAGAUGGCACCCCAGGAAACUGGGAACCGCGUCUGGACGGGCGAAAGUACCUCGCCAUUCGCGGUUCCCCUGGCGGGUCAGGACAGAAAGAACUUGUAGAGGAAUUCUGGAGUCAUAUCCAAGGCCCGCUGCAGUAUUGA